CAUUCGCUGGGAUCGCUAGGAUACAUACAUGUGACAAUUGCAAAAUAAAUUUAUAAAUGUAUAUAUUUAACAUUUUUGUGUAUGAAUAAUUUAGUAAAGAAUACAGAGGUUAGUUAAACCAUAAUCAAAGAAAUUUAUAUAUCCUAAAAAUGAAAGUGAAAAAAAUGAAACAGGCACUUAAAAAGUUAUCAGAAGAAAGAACAGUAAGGGCAGUUAUUAAGAAAAAAAAAAUAGAAACAGAUUUGAACAAAUUAACUACAAUAGAAUUCUUUGAACAAGAUUUCAAAAAUAAUGCAGAUAGUGAUGAAACAGAUAAAAACACAGAUGAAGAUAAUGAACAGCAUGAUAGUUCAGGUGACAAUGAUGAUGACAAUUCUUUAGUAGACUUGGAUGAUGGACACAUUUCUAAAGAAAAUUUAGAGAUUACUAGCUAUGAUAGUGAUUUUUCAUUAAAAGAAACCGAAAAUAACUCUAAAAAAGUCACUAUGCAAUUAUUGAAAACUUGGCAACAAGAAAUACAAACUAAUCAAUCAUUUAAUACUAUUAAAUGUAUUAUAGAGGCCUUCCAUGCAGCUUUGAAUGAUGUUGCAGUAUCAUUAGAUGCAUCUACACGAUAUAGAGUAGAAGAAAGUGCAACAUUUAAUAGUGUGGUACAAUUAUGUAUAACACAUUUGCCUGAUGCAUUUAAACAUAUUUUACAACUGGAUGCAGAAUCGCAGAAAAUAUAUAAAUCUAGAAAGUUUGAAAAAAUACAAGAAAUUUUGAAAUUAUACUUAUCUGAUUUGAUUAAGCUAUUACAAAGUAUAGCAUUGUCCAAUAAUGCUGUUCUCACAGUGCUCCUAAAGCAUCUUCAUCAAAUGUUGCCUUAUUUCCAGUCAUUCUCAUAUUUAAUUAAAUCGUUGUUAAAGAUCUUGUUAAAGCUGUGGUCAGCUGCAGAAGAAACUGUUCGCAUUAUAGCUUUUUUAAAUAUCUUGCAUAUUGCAACUAGCAAAAAAUUUGUGCUUGACGAAUUAUUAGAGACUAUGUAUGAGAAAUAUGUGCAAACAGUGAAAUUUGUUUCAUUCGACACAUUACCAGGAAUCAAUUUCAUGAGACAAUCUUUGCUCGAGAUUUAUCUACUUGACCAUAAUACUUCGUACAGUCUUGCCUUUUUACAUAUCAGACAAUUAGCGAUUGAUUUAAGAAAUGCUGUAACAUUAAAGAACAAGAAAAAUCUUCAAGCUGUAUAUAAUUGGCAGUAUAUAAAUUCUUUACGCUUUUGGGCAGAAUUAAUAACCAAGUCAAAAGAUAAAUCAAUGUUGCGAUCGCUGUUAUAUCCCUUGGUUCAGAUUAUUAUAGGAACAAUAAAAAUUAAUCCAACUGCGCAGUACUAUCCAUUGCGAUUUCAUUGUUUAAAAAUGUUAAUAACCAUUUCUAAAGAAACCGGAACGUUUAUACCUAUUUUACCGUUUCUUCUUGAGAUACUGGAAUCUUAUGAUUUUAAUAAAAGGCAUAAAACAGUUACGAUGAAACCUAUAUCUCUUGUUUGCAUUUUGAGAGUAUCGAAAUCACAAUUUAUAGAAAAUGGCUUCAAAGAUAGUAUUAUUGAAACUAUUUAUCAUCUUAUACUGGAACAUGCGGCAAGUGAAAGUCAUGGAAUAUAUUUUCCAGAUCUCUAUGCACCUUGUAUAAUACAGUUGAAAGAAUUUUUGGAGAAAUGUCAUGUGCCAAUUUAUUGCAAGAAAAUGAAAUUACUUCUAAAUAUGAUUGAAGAAAGUAGAAAAUACAUUGAGACUGAACGUGAUAAAGCAACGAUAGACCUAAAAAAUAUGGCAGAGAUUAUAAAUUGGGAAAAUAGAAUGAAGACAGAUGGCACAGCAAUAGCCAAAUUUUAUUCUUCUUGCGUUAAACUUCAUGAAUUCCAAAAGUUUAAACGUCUUACGAAGAACAAGGAAGAAUUUAACGCACCCGUUAGGAGAAAAUCAUUGAAACAUAAAUUAGAUGAGCAAAAUGCAGAAGAUAGUAAAGAAGACGAGUUUAAAUUUCAGAUGAAAAAAACGGGAUUUGAAAUAAAAGCAAACAAAUAAAAAAAUCAAUAAAAAUAAGAAAAAAACAGCCAAUGAGAACUUGAUCAGAAAGAAUACAAGCAUUAACAUAAACAAUGAUGAUUGCAGUUAAAAAUACAAAUAAAAUGACUGGACUCUGGAGUUAACAAUCAAUACAUAUAUAUGUACGUCCAAUAGAUGUUGU